GAGACCAUGAGUCCUCGGUACCGCGUAGUCCUUCACUCCGCCCCGUCUCAUCUGGUUCCGAUCUGAAGGCGGCCACUAAGCGUCCACCCCCUCCGCCUCCCAUCCGCCCGUCCUCUCGCGCUCCCUCUCCUGCGAACCUUCGUGCCAGCCCCCUCAUACACCCUAUUCCUGAUUCCAGCGUUGCCCCUCCUGAGCAUGAGCCUUUGUCCGAGUCUGUUUCUGUCUCGUCCGUCUCGUCUAGGGCUGCCUCUAUCUCGCGUAGACCUCCGCCUCCGCCACCUCUAGCGUCCCAGGACCACACUGCGCAGAGGAACGCGGGGGUCUCUUCCCUCAUCAAACAAUUCGGAAACGCCGCCCCACCUUCUCCUGCUCUUCCUGCAAAACCGCCUGUGCCACCGGGGCGUCCUGUCUCCCAAAUCUUAGCAGGAGCGCCUCAAACACCACCCCAGCCAGCGUACUCCCGUCGACCACGGCAGUCUUUCCCACCAGAUGAUCCCGCGGCUCCUUCCGCUCAGACACUUCCCGCAUCUAUAUCUGGCCCAUUCCUCACUGUAUCUCCCGAAAGAUACGAUCCAUUUCAUGAUAGCCACUCCGACAGCGAAGCUGGCAACGUCUCCUCUCCUAUCCCCCCUCCACCUCUCCCAUCACGCAAACUCAAUGGUCAUGGCCACAAUACAGCGUAUCUCCACACUCCAGAGUCGUCUUCGGAUAGCUCGUCGGUGUCAAGUACAAGCAGUAGUCGUACCUCGAGCGAGAGUGACGUCAACGCUGUCAAGCCGCCACCAUCGUCACUUGCCCCGCCCUCAUCUCCUCGACCGCCCCUUGCCCCUCCUCCCCGCCCUCCUCCUCGGCACCGAGUAACUCUGCAGACCGCCACUCUCGCUACCUCUUCGUCCCCCUCCGCUAGCACCAGCUCGUUUACACCUCCCCCUUUGCCCACGCGGAAAGGUGUUGCUACUCCAGUCGACGACCAACCUCCCCGUCGUCUUCCACUACGUCACCAGAGCAUGGUAGAACAAGAUGCGGAGGCAUCUGUCGAGUCUUCUAUAAUCGCCGCACCGCCAGAGCGGAAAGUGUUUGGUGGACAUCUUCCUCCUCCGACGCGAACGAUCGCCCUGGGAGACAAGCUGCCUCCUGCCAGACGUGCCCAGUCGGGGUCGUCGAGCGAGUCUGAAGGUGAGGAUGACUCCAAGUUGAAGGUAGAACUAUUACCAGACGCCAGUCGCGCGUCUCGUCGACCUCCCCUCGUCGACUGCCACAACUACUCGGAGUUCAAUAUCCACGUUCCUGCUUACAGCGGGUACGUUGCGGUGUCGGGCCACACUGCAGCGGUCGCUUCCCACCAUCACCUUAGGAUAUACGACUUGUCGUCCUCGUCAUCCCCGAUCUGGAACUUAGACUCCAAGGAUGGCUUUGGUACGAAGCUCAAGGACUUCAAGAUCACAGCACUGGAGUUCCGUCCGACCUCACAUCAGGAGGAUCGGGGGCACUUCCUUUGGCUGGGCACUAAGGACGGACACCUCAUCGAGAUGGACGUGCGUACGGGCUCGGUGACCGCUAUGCGCCCCCACAUCCACGCACACACGGUGACCCACAUGUACCGCCACGGCCAGUCAAUGAUCACGGUGGACGACACCGGAAAGGUGCUUGUGUUCACAUCUGCGGAGGGCGUUGAUCUCAGUCUGGCUAUGAUCCAACCCCGCGUGGUACGCAUCGCGGAGAAGCAGGAGUUCACGAAGCUCCUAGGCGGGCAGCUCUGGACGUCAACGCGCGAUCCUAACGGCGGCGGCUCGGUUCCGGGUGCAUCCAGGGGCCCGUAUGUACGCGUUUACGACCUCUUCACGCCGGGUGCCGUGGGCCGCUCACUGCUGCCCACCGAACACUUGGGCGCAGUCACUGCGGGGACGAUACUUGCGACCCAGCCUGGCCAGGUGUACUUGGGACACGAAGGUGGUCAUAUCAGCAUCUGGUCGACCACGGACACGGACGGGGCCCCGGCGCAGUGUGUGGAAGUGGUGAAAGUGUCGUCGUCAGACGUGCUUAGCCUGGAGGGCGUGAACGAGAGGCUGUGGGCGGGAUCCCGUAAGGGCCUCAUCUCCGCGUACGAUGUCACGUCGAAGCCGUGGACGGUCACGAAUUGCUGGGAGGCUCAUAACAAGCUCCCGGUGUUGAGGAUCGCGGUGGACACCUGGAGUAUGGAGAAGUUGGACCGGCUGGUGAUUUACAGCGUGGGCCGAGACGAGCAGCUGAAGUUCUGGGACGGGUUAUUGGGCAUCGACUGGAUCGAACAAGAGCUACUGAAGCGGGAGACCGAGUUCAGCACGUUCCGCGACAUGACGGUGCUCAUCGUCUCCUGGAACAUCGACUCCGCCAAGCCCGACCAGCUGACGGGCACGCCCGAGACCGUGAACUUCCUGACGGACGUGCUGCAGAGCGUGGACCGGCCGGACGUGAUCGCGUUCGGGAUGCAGGAGCUGAUCGACCUCGAGAGCCGGAAGAUGGCAGCGAAGACGGUGCUGCUGGGCGGGAAGAGCAAGAGCACGGACGGGACGAUCAGCCAGAAGGUGACGACGUCGUACAAGAAGUGGUACGACCGCCUGGUGCUCGCGGUGCGCUGCGCGAUGCCCGCGGACUCGCCGUACACGGUCGUGCACGCGGAGAACUUGGUUGGGCUGUUCUCGUGUGUGCUGGUGAAGAACACUGAGAAGAUCAGGCUGAAGAACGUUGCGCUCACGACGGUCAAACGCGGGAUGGGUGGCAGGUACGGUAACAAGGGCGGAAUCAUCGCGCGCUUUGUUGUGGAUGACACUUCAGUGUGCUUCAUCAACUGCCAUCUUGCCGCCGGCCAGCACCAUGUUCGUCAGCGCAAUGCCGAUGUUCAGGCUAUCGUCGAGGACAACACUCUGCCCCCCGAUGCAAGUGCAAGUUCAACGGAUGAGAUUGUCGCCUUUGUCAAUGGUGGUGACGGUUCCAUGGUCCUCGACCACGAGAUUGUCUUCAUGAACGGCGACAUGAACUAUCGCAUCGACCAGCGUCGUGAGGCUGUCAUCGCUUCGAUCAAGGCAGGCGACCUCGAACAUCUUGUCAUCCACGACCAGCUCCGGAAGGAGAUCAAAUUCAACCGCGGUUUCCGCCUUCGCACGUUCUCUGAGGGCCCACUGAACUUCGUGCCGACGUACAAGUACGACCGGCGGACAGACGAGUUCGACUCAUCGGAGAAGGCCCGGGUGCCAGCAUGGUGCGACCGGGUGUUGUGGCGGGCUCUGGUUCCGGAGCGGGUGACGCAGCUGCACUACCGGCGGUGGGAGGCGAACGUGUCGGACCACCGGCCGAUCAGCUCGGCGUUCAGGAUGACGGUCAAGCAGGUGAACCACGAGGCGCGGGCCCAUGUGAAGGCGCAGGCGAUGGAGCGGUGGAAGGCGGUCGAGCGGGAGCGGCUGGGCGCGGCGCUGCAGCACUACAUCGACCAGCAGAUGAUCUGAGGCUGAGGGCGCGCGGCGGUGCGCAUUGCAUGGGACUCGUAUCGGUCAACAUACUCUAGCUUCCUCUACAUAUACAUAGAUCCUGCACAUAGGCUCCGGACUGGACAUUAUUACGACCACGAUUAGCUACUGGCAUAGGUCGCGAUACGCACAACAUCAUUAUCCGACAUCCGUUCAUUCAUUUUGUAUCCGUUGUAUACCAUGUAGCGUACGAUAGUCACCUCGGGCGAGUAUAAUGGAGGUCGUUCACUUGUCGCCGUC